AUGCGCUUCCUUAACAGUGUUGCUUUCGCUAGCAUCGGGCUCGCCAGUGGCGGCUUUGCCGCCGCUGUCCGUUUGCGUACCGAUAUACAAUCCGUUUUCAACGACAGCAGCAUCGACUGGUCUUCUGGAACCACGUUGUCUUUCCCAGGGGACGCCAGUUUUGAAAAUGUAACCGAGAGAUGGGCUGUCUUCAGACCACCAACGUACGCCGCUGCGGUGAGCCCGGAAACCGAGGCCGACGUGGUCGAAGCAGUCAAAUUAGCGACGGCAUACAAAAUCCCACUCCUUGCUACUGGGGGUCGCCACGGCUAUGGAACGACCUUAGGAAACCUUCACAGUGGUCUCGCCAUCGAUCUCUCUCGACUCGACGGUGUUUCCGUUGACAAGUCUUCCGACCUUCUGACCGUCGGCGGAGGUGUCCGCUUUAGGGACAUCGUUGACAUUGUAUACAAUGCUGGCUAUCAAAUACAAACUGGGACUUGCUCUUGUCCUGGUAUGGUUGGCGUCACCAUCGGCGGCGGUAUCGGGCGACUUGGCGGUGUCUAUGGUCUGAUCAUUGAUGCCUUGGUCUCCGUGCGUCUGGUUACCGCCGAUGGGAAGGUCUUGGAUGUGUCUGAGCGCUCCAACCCGGACCUGUUUUGGGGAAUUCGGGGUGCCGGAGCCAACUUUGGCAUCAUCACGUCGGCUACGUUCAGGCUCCAUCGCCGAAUCGAGAGCUUCACUACUGUCGACGUCAUGUUCCCGGCCGAGAAGAACGUUUCCUAUUUCAAUGCCGUCGAGUCGUUGAUCAACCGGAAGAAUUCUCCUUCUUCCUUGACAGCUAAACUUGCUGCGACAUCAGGGAUACUCUACAAUAGUACUACUAACCAGCCCCAAAUCUCUGCUAGCUGGGUGUACGCCGGGCCCCGACAGGAAGCACUGCGCGCAAUGGCCCCGGUGUUAGCGCUCAAGCCGUCGGUGCUGACUAUCAAUAACAUUCCCUGGAACCGUGUCACUACAGAAGCGGGCUUCGGAGGCGAUGCUGAGACAUGCAUCCCCGACAGGGUAGUCAGCAUCUAUUCCGCCAACCUCCGCAGAUUCUCGGCCUCUGCCGCCAUCCAAGCAUUUGGAAAGAUGGGCAGCUUCUAUGCUCAAUAUCCCGACGCGCGGGGUUCCUCCGUCCUCCUCGAGAGCUUCCCCAACGAAGCCGCCGUCGCCGUUCCCGAUGACGCUACGGCGUACCCCUGGAGAGACACAGCCACUUACCUGCUCAUCCAGAUCCUCUUGGACGAAGCGGGGAGCAGCUCCGACGAGCCGGGCAACGCGCUCGGCCGCGAGCUUCGCCAGGACUUCGCGGCCGUCUCCGGGUACUCGGGCCUGUCUGUGUACGUUAACUACGCGCACGGAGACGAGACGCUGGAGCAGAUCUAUGGGGCCAACAAGCUGCCUCGCCUGGCGAAGCUUAAGGCCCAGUACGACCCCAAGAACGUCUUCGCCUUCAACAACCCCCUCCCGACGAGGUACCCGUAGAGGGUAUCGUGCUAGCCUGGUUCGGGCGCAGAGUUGGGGGCUCGAGAAUAGAGCCGAUGAUUUCUCUGCACAGUGGUUGCUCGAAAAGGCAGAAGGCGGUGUAUGAUUAGAGGAGUCGGGAAUUUGUAUUGACUCCGUGUAGAAUUCAGUUGGCUUUGUAGACUUAGACGUCCAGACUAGAUAUAUUCUGCUUUUGUUACCAAUAUGACUUCAACACCAUGCCCCAUUGAUUGGUUGUCUCAGAAAAAUAGUCUCAGAUUUAAUAUUAAAGAAUC